ACACACCCCCAGUGCCACCACGUGUGAAGGACGAGCAAUUCGUGGCAUCUUGCUAAUAGAAAAUGAAGUAUAUAUUGUCAGAAGGCUCGGGAUUCUGGGUGUAAAUGCCAGUCGCCUCACUAUCGGACUAGAACCUUCUCCCUGAAUCUCGAGAUACAAGUGGUAACUUUUCCCUAGCAUUGACUGUGCUAUUUCUAGAAACUUCCAGCCCCCUUUCCCACACGUCACCGUCCGGAAUCUUUAAAGUGUCGGUUGACUGUAUAAAAUGGCACAGUACAAGGCAUCAAGGAAUAUAAGCAGCAUGAAGACACAGUCACCAAUGGUAGAUAUGGCCAAUAACAACGAACCUCUACCCCCAGGAUGGGAAAUUAAAAUUGACCCACAGACAGGAUGGCCUUUUUUUGUGGAUCACAUCAAUCGCACAACAAGCUGGAAUGACCCAAGACACGAUGUUAAAAAGGUCACCCAGUUGUCUCAAAACGGCCCCAGUGUUUCCCCAGAGCCAAGUCCUCAGGAGACGCCUAAGGCCUUUAUGAGGGACAUGAAGCACCCUACCCUCCGUCAGGGCUACAUCCCAAUCCCAGUUUGUCAUGAAGGCACAGACUACCGUCAGCAGCAACAGCAACACCCGUGUUUCUCCUACGCCCAGCCGACUGCUCUGCAUAAUGUGGGGGCUGACGGGCGGACACCUUCCCCCACACCAACACUCCACUGCAGGCCUAGAUCUCCUUUGCAGGGUCCCUCUGAGAGCUGUACCCCUGAGCCCUGCAUAUCGUGUUCGCCUAGUUCACAAGGACCUGAGGGCCACCCCCUACAUCAGCCCCAGCGACCAGGCAGCACAGGGCUCCAGGCAGGUUACAUUGCCAUCCCGGUGAUCCAUGAAAGGACCGGACAACAAGCCCCUUACAACCCCUCUCCCUACUCCCAGCGCUUCCCGGCUUACUCUGGGGACCAGCCCUCCUUCCACCGUAUGCAGCCAGAGGACUGGAGCGGUCAUCACGGGUCAGCGCCUACUUCCUGGGAGCGUUCCUCCCCCUCCCCGAACCUACUUCCCCAGCACCGUGAGACUUCCGCCAUCCAUAUCCCGCCGCACAUGAGGAGCCAGUCACCUAUCAGAGCACAGGUCAUCACGGAAAGACCACAGGUCCAGGUCCACCAGCAUGUCCCGCAAAGAGAAUCCCCCCAUGGCAUGGAGCAGGAGGUCACUCAGUAUCCCCAAACGGCGCAGCGAGAGGCUGAAGUGCAGCAGCGUCAACAGCCACAGAUGUCACUUCCGCCGCAGCAGUACCAAGCACCACAGCAACCACAGCAGCAAAAACACUAUCAACAACAGCCGCUAGAGUAUUCACAGGCCCCGCAAGAGCAGCCGCUGCAGUACCAGCAUCCGGAACCGCACCAACCACCACAGGAAGUCCAGCAGCUGCCGCAACAGCCCGAACAACAACAACCACCACCUCCGGAACAGCUGCAACCGCAAGAGACUGCGAACGUCAUCGUCCAGCUUCCCCCAAAACCAGAAGCCCAGGAGUCUUCUCCCACGUCAGCUCCACUGGACGCCCCACCGCCAAAUUCAGAAUGCAAGCCUGACGCCCAUUGUCACCCUGGCUUGGCAAAAGUACAAAACAUAGUGGAGAGGGUGGCAAAGCUGGAGCAAGAGGUGCAGAACUUUGACGGGAAGAAGAAUGAUAAGAGGUAUCUGCUGCUGGAGGAGCUGUUGACCAAAGAGCUUUUGGCACUGGAUUCGGUGGACCCAGAGGGCCGCGUGGAUGUGCGACAAGCACGACGCGACGGAGUCCGGAGGGUCCAGACCAUACUGGAUGCGCUGGAGAUGCUGGACGAGCGAGCAACCGGGCCUCCUGGCGAGCCCUCAAUGGAGGCAGACAGUCUGCCACUAAAAGGGGAACAGCCCAGCAUGAUCAGCCAAGCCGAUGUGGAGGUGGCGAGGGAGAUCUCAUAAUGACCACCUAGCUCCAUCCAUACAGAAAGGAGAGUAAGGUAUUCAGAGACGACGUGGAAAAAGGCUGCUCAACUCUCCUUAAACCUUCCCUUUGUACUGCAGUUUAUGACAUAUGUCCUAUGAGAUGCAUGUAUAACUUAAUUAACCGUGUUGAUAUCAUCUGGCUUUUCCAACCAACCACACGAUGAUGGUGUCCGAGUGUAACAUGUAUUCAAUGAUGUUAAGCCGUUUUUGUUGCCUUUUGCUGUGCCAGUGUCUUUUUCGAGACCAUGUAGAUGAUACGAGGCCUUGAUCUGUCCAUAUAUAACAAAACUCAAUGAAAAUAGCUUCUGAUUAGAUCUUUUUUGAUGUGCUUGUAGUUGCCUUCGGACCAUGUGACUUGGUUGUUGCAUGGUCAGAGUUAUUCAAGACAUGUUCAAUAAAAAUAACACUGGUGUUUCUAGUGAUUGGUCACAUCUCUGUAUUUAAGGAAGGGCUUCUGUGGCGUUUGUAAGAGAUGUAUACUAUUUCCCUCUUUGAAUCCAAUUCUUUGAGAAUCCACACUUACCUCAUAUUCCAUAUGGGACAAAUAUUUAGUGAAUGUUGAAAGUAUUCAGUCAGGUAAAAAAAAUGAUUUUUGUGCCUCAGAUGAUAUGGAGCCACUUGAGAAAAGAAUCUUCCUUUUUUCCACAGCAUUUGUUGUUGUUGAAAAUGUUAUUUGACAUGCCCACCUAAAUAUUUAUACGGUUUAUUUUGAUUUCAUUUAAUUCACUCCAUUAGUGCAUUGCCUAUUUUGCUAUCUUGGCACUUAUUUCAUUAUAAUAGGCAUGUAUUUCAAUGAUGACUGUAAAGGGAUUUUGAUAUGUAAUAUGUAACAAUUCUUUCCAUUCACUUUGGAUUCAAGGCAAUGGUGCAAGGCUUAAAUUGGUAAAUUCUUUGAAUAACUGUACAUUUUUGUAAGUUUACUUGUAAUUUCACCCAAAUGUCACUCAUAUAUUUUAUUUAAAGAGAACGAUUUUAUUUAAGAAAACAUUUAGAAAUAUUUGAUGUGAGCUGCAUAUUCUCACAUGUGUUGUGAGACUAUCAGCGCCAGCUGCUAAUCAAGAAAAACAAAUUAAAUGGUCAAAAUGUCAAUAAAAAAAAUGCAUUGUUUAUCACAGCUUGUGUAAUGCAAGCUGUUGCAGUGUUGUCAGCUUGAAGUAAUGUUGGCAUUGUUGCUAAUAAAAUGUAUCAUUUUGAAAUU